CACUGCCUCUCGUUGUUCGUGUACGUCUCUCAUCGUCGUCGUCGCGUCUUCAUCCGACGCGGCUCGCCGGCGCUGCUGCCUCCCCCUCGCCGCUCUCUGCUUCGCCGUGCUUGCUCUCUCUCUUCUCUGCCCGCGUUCUGCCUUCACAUCAUCAGGGGUUUAAACUAUAAGUAUUUGGCACUUCUCAGGUUCUAAGCUUUUCGUCUAAAGAUUUCGAAAGGACCUUGUGUUCCAGCUACAGCAUCAGCUUCUGCUUCUGCCCUUUGCUAAGGUUCGAAUGGGUGCUCAGGACCUUCUCCAUUUCUGUUAGGGUUUUUGAGGUGAAGUGAACCUCGGUUUCGUCUGUGAGCUUGAUAUUUUCGACUCCAUCGAAAUUCUUGCCGUUGAUUUUGAAGAAUCGACAGUGGUUGUCAAUGUUUCAUUUACCCAGUUGCAUUUACUCCCGUGAAUUGACUUUUGAUUCUUCGUCCAGCUGAGAUGCCCUCAAAGCAUAGCUUGCUUAUUUGUAUUACUCUUAACCCAUCAAAGACCAGUGAAUCAUUCAAAUUCAACACACACUAAUCUGAAACCAAUUUCUGAUGUUGCUGCUAAGUUUGAAGUCAUUUGGUAUGAGAUUGGUGAUGUAGAGUCACUAGGCCAAGAUGGCAUUUAUAACUAAGAUAAAAUGGGUUGUUCUUUCUGUGAUUACCUUAUCUCUGGCAUCCAUCAUCAUUCAUCUGUCGCUAGCGAAGUUUUGGGCAGUUAACAUAGUGCAGUAUAAAGCAAUGCCUAGCCUUCCAGAGAAUUUUGUUCCGACCUCGGGAGGACAGGUUAUAAAGAAUAAGAAGCUAUGGGGUUCCAUACAGUCAUUGGAAGCAUUGCAGCCUUAUGCGAAUGCUAGAAGCAAUUACUCUGCUCCAAAGGACCAGAGCAAUCGUUUCAUCUAUGCAAAAGUCUUUGGUGGUUUUGCAAAUAUAAGAUCAUCGAUUUGUGAUCUGGUUGCUGUUGCUAGGUUUUUAAAUGCAACUCUCAUAAUUCCUGAAAUUCAAGAAAGUACUCGCUCAAAAGGAAUUAGCUCUAAGUUCAAUAGCUUUUCCUAUAUCUACAAUGUUGAUCAGUUCAUAGCCUAUCUCAAAAAUGAUGUAAACAUUGCAAGGACCCUUCCAGAAGGUCUGAUGGAAAGGAGAAGAAAAAAUGAAAUUCCUUCAUUUAAGACUACAAGUUCUGCUUCUCCAGACUUUUACCUGGAUCAAAUUUUACCAAAGCUAAAGCAAUCAAAGGUUAUCGGAUUAAUUAUUACAAAUGGUGGGGCUCUGCAGUCUAUUCUCCCUCCUGGCAUGGAAAAUAUUCAGAGGCUACGAUGCAGGGUUGCUUUUCAUGCCCUUGAAUUUCGUCCUGAAAUUCAAAGGCUUGGCCGUCGGAUGGUUCACAAGCUAAGAGCAUAUGGGCAACCCUUCUUAGUAUAUCAUCCUGGCUUACUGAGAGAUACAUUGGCCUACAAUGGUUGUGGAGAACUUUUUCAGGAUGUCCACACUGAACUUAUUCAGCACCGAAGGGCUCAAAUGAUAAAGGACAAAAUUCUUAAAGGUGAAUUGAAUGUCAAUUCACACUUGCAAAGAGAUAAAGGUCUAUGCCCCCUCAUGCCUGAAGAGGUUGGCAUUCUCCUUCGAGUAAUGGGUUAUCCUGCCAAAACAAUUAUCUACGUUGCCGGCUCUGAAACAUUUGGAGGUCAACGCGUUUUAAUUCCUUUGCGAGCCAUGUUUACCAAUACUGUGGAUCACACUUCUUUGUGUAGUGAAAGAGAGUUGUCUGAGUUGUUUGGACCGGAAACAUCUCUUAUUCCAAAGUCAUAUCGAGCACCUCCUGCAAAAAGUCAGAAAGUACUUACAGAUGAAUGGAAGAGGGCUGGUCCUCGUCCUAGGCCUCUUCCUCCCCCUCCAGAUAGACCAAUUUAUCAACAUGAAAAAGAAGGUUGGUAUGCCUGGAUCACUGAGACGCCAAUAGAGCCUGAUCCUUCACCCUUGGAUCUGAGGAUGAGAGCGCAUAGGUUACUUUGGGAUGCACUAGAUUACAUUGUUUCUUUAGAGGCAGAUGCCUUCUUUCCUGGAUUUAACAAUGAUGCUAGUGGAUGGCCAGAUUUUUCAAGCCUGGUCAUGGGACAUCGACUUUAUGAGACUGCUGCUUCAAGAACAUACCGACCAGACAGGAAAGUAGUUGCAGAACUUUUCAACAUAACUCGGGAAAAUAUGUACCAUCCCAAACAUAAUUGGACAAUUUUAGUGCAAGAACAUCUAAACAGAAGUUUAGCCGAAGAAGGACUCGUAAGGCAAUCUCUCCUGUCAAAACCGGCAGUGUUCCUUUCCCAUCCACUUCCGGAAUGCUCUUGUAGAAUAGCUUCUUCCAAGAUUGUAAAUCACGUUAGAGGUCAGAACGGUCGGUAUCUCUAUGGAGAUGAAGACCAGUGUCCCAAGUGGAUGCAGCGCGCAAAUAUGGCAGGUUCUGUACUGAAAGAAGGCACCAAAUCUGAAGAUGAUGAGCCAGAUUAUGAAAGUAAUGACUUUGUUGAUGAAUCUGACAAAAGUGAGGGUAAAACUAAUCAGAGUCAAAUCUGGGAUCAAGACGAAGAAAUGGAUCCAAAUGACUAAAAAUUGAUGUGCAUAAAUAACUAUGGUCUAUAGUUAUACGUUUUCCACAUUUCCUUAAUUUCUUUGAGAGGUAUAGGUUAUUGCUGAGCAUAGUGGGUAUUCAAAUCUAUUCUUUCAUUAGUUUUGGACGAAGAACAUUAAUAUAUUCUUUUUUCUUACUUUAUGUUUACCACUUCCAAGGGAAUUUUUGUUGUAACAUACACAUUACAAAACAGAAAAGAAAAAAUAUUACGUUCUGGCUUAAUUGGAGCCAACAGAUGAGCAUUCUAAGUAGAUUUUUA